CACCUCCGUCCGUCUCUGGCCGCGUUGUGAGGGCCCCGGCUGACAGAGAAACAAGGGCCCACAAUAAGAACUCUGCGUCUGCUGCCACAUCAAGAUUCAGGUUCAGAAACAAUGGAUGACUGACAAAUAAGAAAUAUUGACUUUUCCCAGGAGAAUUGCCACACUGCGAUUGUUUGCAAUUAUCUGCAUGCUUAAGAAAAGAUUUUUAUUUUUCUUGGCGAAAAGGAGACAUCGUUCUGGUCUGGAUUUUCCCUCAAAAGCCCACGCCGUGCUGAGGAUUUUAUAUAUUGUGAUAUCUUUAAAAGAAUUAGGUCAUCAAAAAAAAGUUCCCUCUAAAGACGGUUGUUGGGGAUGUUGAGCUCUGUGAAGAUGGAAACCCAUGAUUUACCAGAGUGGAAUACUUUCUACAGCGAGGCCAACGAGAUGUAUUCCUCUCCCGUUGCCAUGAACUCUGGGCUGGGCUCCAUGGGCUCCAUGGGCACCAUCACCAACUACAUCAACCUGAACCCGGCCACCGGCUCCCCCGCAGGUAUGAACGUGCCGUACCCGACCUCCAGCCUCAGCAGCUCCCCGCUGGCGUCCAUGGGCUCCGGGCCCAACCACAUGUCCCUCUCUCCGGUGGCCUCGUCUCUCAGCGCGGGCUCCCUGACCCAGCUGGGCCCCGCGGCUCCGGGCUCCCUGGGCUCCCUGCCCCACUACCAGAACAUGGGCCAGUCCAUGAGCCAGCUGGGAUACCCGUCCACCGGCACCUUGAGUCGGGCUGGGCCCAAGGAGAUCCCCCCGAAGCCGUACCGGCGCUCCCUGACCCACGCCAAGCCGCCGUACUCCUAUAUCUCCCUCAUCACCAUGGCCAUCCAGCAGAGCGGCAGCAAGAUGCUCACGCUGAACGAGAUCUACCAGUGGAUCAUGGACCUGUUCCCCUACUACCGCGAGAACCAGCAGCGCUGGCAGAACUCCAUCCGCCACUCGCUGUCCUUCAACGACUGCUUCGUGAAGGUGGCCCGCUCCCCGGACAAACCGGGCAAGGGCUCGUACUGGACGCUGCACCCGCAGUCCGGCAACAUGUUCGAGAACGGCUGCUACCUGCGGCGCCAGAAGCGCUUUAAGAUCGAGGACAAGAGCGCCAAAAAGGGAGGCAAGAGCCAGGAGGGGAGCUCGGGGAAAGGAGGGCACGGCGGGGAUCACCUGGUGGAGGAUCACAGCCCUGCAGGGGGAUCGGAGGGCGCCGACUCCGCCCACUCAGACAACUCCCACCCGGGCUCCUCCGACGACCAGACGCACCAGAGGAACGCUCUGGUUUCACUUGACUGUCCUCAGCUGUCCUCCUCACACCUCCACAGCCCGCCCGUCUCCCUGCCUCCGUCCUCCUCCUCCACCUCCUCCUCCAUCCCUCCAUCCUCCCUGUCCCUGUCCUGCACCUCCUCCUCCUCCAACCCGCUGCUGCACUCCCAGCCGCUCGGCGCCAGCUCCCACCUCCUCCCCGGCACCAUGCAGCAGCACAUGGACCUGCAGAGCGACGCCCUCAAGUCCCUGGACCCCCACUACAACUUCAACCACCCGUUCUCCAUCACCAACCUCAUGUCCAACGAGCAGAAGAUGGACCUGAAGUCCUACCAGGACCAGGUCAUGGCCUACAACAGCUACACGGGCGGCUCCUCCGUGGCCGCCAAGCAGAUCUACGACAGUCCGGGUCCCGCCGCCAUGGACUCUGGCGCUUACUACCAAACUCUGUACAGCCGCUCGGUGCUCAACGCCUCCUAACAUGGGUCCCACAAACACACAUGCACGCACACACACACACAAACACACACACACAAACACACACCUGUAUGUAAAGGUGAGCUAAGAUGGAGACUUCUGUUUCUGUUUUCUAAAAUGGACACCAAAGCUCUGCUUAUCUUCCUCUUUCUCCCUCUCCCCCCGCCUGGUUUAUGUCCGGAGGCCACCAGAGGACUCGUCUGUAGCGACCGACCUAAUUCAGGAACCUAUAAACUUUAAAAAAAAUGUAAAAAAAAAAAAAAAAAAAUGUUUUUUUUCCCAUUUUAUUUCAUUUGAUGAACAGAUCUGUUUUGUUUUUUUUUUUAACGAAGAAGGACACUGUUGGUUACAAGAGGACAGACAUGUGACGCUGGAUGAAAAGACCCCAUCUCUGCCUGUCGCAGGAGCAAAAAGUUAACUUUGUAUAAAAUGUAAAUAGAGGUUAAUAUGCCGGGGAGGAGGACCUUUGCAUUUAUUUAUGAAGGGAAUAAAUUUUAAUAUAUCUUUUGAAGUGCUCUGUCAGCCAGUUACAACCCACAUGUGAGGGGUUUUGUGUGUGAAUGUGUGCGUCAGGUUACUGCUUCAGGAAGGUGUUACUUGGAUUGGGAGGCUGUGGAGCUCGUGUUUUGUGUUACAACAUUGGUCAUUAUAAUAAAAAAAAACAGUCCCAUUGGGCAUCCAUCGUCGCCAGUGCAGCUUGUCAGGUCUGUACUUUCAGUUUUAAAUGCCUCCUUUUUGUUCCUCACUGAAAACUUUCAUUCUGAUGGUAGGAGACAAAGAAACUGUGGUCAAAAGCUUUAAAAAAAAACAACAAAGCUACAAAGAAAAUAAAAAAGAAGACGUUUUUCUGUGCUUUUAUUGGUCACGGCCAUGAAACGAUGUCCUGUUAUUACGUUUAAAAACCCGUCAAAACUCAAUGUUUCUCUGCAGACUGUAACAUUUUGAAAGAGGAGUCCUGUCAGUUACUAAAACAGUGGCGGGCGGGGAGGAGAGAUGCACUAUGGGAUGAUUUACAUACAGUACUUUGCACUAUGGAGCUCCCAGAGGCCAGGUGGGCUGAUAGUGUGUGUGGUUGUGUGUGUGUGCAUGUGUGUGUGUGUCUGUGUGUGUGUGUGUGUGUCUGUGUGUGUUACAACAAUGCUUAGGUACGCCCUCCUUACACUGUCAAUCCAUCAGCUCAAUGGGAUCAGUGUAACAAAGUUGAAGGGUGUCAAAUGACCCCCCGAUGUCCUAAAAGUGCCUUUUCUUCAGCCGACUGCUGAUCUGAUAAGAGGUGGAGGUAUCGAUGAUCUGCUGGAGGAUUAUUCUGACAAACAGUUUCAGGUCACGCCGUGUCCUUUACGGAGCAUACUUUAGUUUAAAAGAGAAAUGUCUUAUUUAAGCUACGUUGCCCUUCACACUCUGAAAGUGUGCUGAUAUAAUAUAUUGGGGUUUUUUUUGUUGUUGUUUUCGUUGUUGUUGCUGUUGUUCCUUGUUGGUUUAAAUGUGAUUAAAAUGAUUCAUGUUUCAUUUUUUCUUAUUAAAAAGGCUUAAAAAUC